UCACAGGGAUUAAAAUAAAAUCAGUAAUGUAAUCAGAUUAUAAACGAAAUAGCACAAGAAGAAGAAGAAGAAGAAGAAGAAGAAGAAGAAGAAGAACUGGGUAGGGUAGUAGGGUAGUGUACGAAACUUACAAGAUAGAAAUCCCAUUGCCAAAUGAAAUUCAGAGCCACUAAUCGGAUGCCGUUUCUUAUCCUCAAAUUCCCUUUCACAGAUUUUCCAGACCCCACCAUAGAAAAACGACACCGUUGCUUCCUUCUUCCCCACUAAACCGCACUUUGUUGUUUGUUGCAGCACCGCUUGCUCCUCCCAUGGAUGCCCUUUUCCUCAACCAGUCCAUUUCCCGCCUCAAAAUCUCCCCCAAAUCCAGCCCUCUUCCUCCCCUCUACCCCUCUCGAAUUCCCAAUCGCAAUCUCAAAUUCAGCGCCUGCGCAGUCCAAAACGACCAACGAUUAGCACAGCAAUCCAACGCGGCGAUUUCCGCCGGGAAGUUCAACGAGGAUGAAACUUACGGCGAAGUCGACGGAAUCAUCGGUAGCCGAGCGCUACAGGACGGCUCCGGAAUGGAGUAUUUAAUCGCAUGGAAAGACGGUCACGCCCCGUCCUGGGUGCCGUCCGAUUUCAUCGCCAGAGACGUGGUGGCGGAGUACGAGACGCCGUGGUGGACCGCCGCGAAGAAGGCCGACGAAUCCGCGCUCAAGUCGCUGAUAGACGCGGCGGACGGGCGCGAUUUGGACGCAGUCGACGAGGACGGGAGGACGGCGCUGCUGUUCGUGGCGGGGCUGGGAUCGGAGGCGUGCGUGAGGAUGUUAGCGGAGGGCGGGGCGAACGUGGACCACCGCGACAACAGCGGCGGGUUCACGGCGCUGCACAUGGCGGCCGGGUACGUGAAGCCGGGGGCGGUGGAGCAAUUACUGGAUCUGGGAGCAUAUCCGGAAGUAGAGGACGAGAAGGGGCGGACGGCGCUGGAACUGGCGAGGGAGAUUCUGAAGGCGACGCCGAGGAUUCAGUUCGGGCGGCGGAUGGGGCUGGAGAGGGUGGUCGGAGCGCUGGAGAAGGCGGUGUUUGAGUACGCGGAGGUGGAGGCGCUGCUGGAGAAGAGGGGGAAGGGGGAGAAUUUGGAGUAUCUGGUGAAGUGGAAGGAUGGGGAAGACAACGAGUGGGUGAAGGCGGGGCUGAUUGCGGCGGAUUUGGUGGCGGAUUUCGAGGCCGGACUGGAGUACGCGGUGGCGGAGGCGGUGGCCGGAAAGAGGAUGGGGGACGACGGGAAGAUGGAGUAUCUUGUGAAAUGGACGGAUAUUGAGGACGCCACGUGGGAGCCGUUGGAUAAUGUGGAUCCUGAUCUGAUUAAGGAGUUUGAAGACGCCCAAGCCCAAUCCAGUAAUGGUGGGCUUUGAGAAGGCCUCUUUCUAAUAUGUGUAUUUAAAGAAGACUUUUUUGGUUAUUAUUAUUAUUAUUGAUUAAAAAAAAAUGAGGAAGCUUCAUCAGCGUUCGUACUCUCUUAUUUGAGUAGUUUAUUUUAAGUUUCAACCCUUACCUAAAAUGGCUCAAGAAUUUGAAUUUGGACGUGAAA